UUCUUCCCAUUCUCACUAUAUUUUCUUUCUCUCUCUCUCUCUCUCUACAUUUUCUGUAUUACACAGCAGAAAACAAUCAUGUUGUUCCCUACCGUCCUAUCUAGAGUUCUAGAAUGGCUAAUCUACCAGCUUUUAGGCAAUUCUUGUUUUAGAGCAGCAAGAAAAAUGAGAAACUAUGGCUUCCAUCUUCUCAAAUCCCCUUCUUUCAAACAAAACCAUCAAGAUAAUAAUCUACACAUAACCCAACACCCACAAAUUCCUAUUUCAUACCCUAAUUUAUCAAAAAACCUAAGCUUACUCAUGGAUCAAAAAUUCAACUCUAUGGUUUGUGAUUUUGAGGGAAGUUUAUUAAGGUCCCCAUCUUUAUUCCCUUUUUUCAUGUUAGUUGCUUUUGAAGGUGGGGGUUUAAUAAGGGCAUUUUUCUUGCUCUUAUGUUACCCUUUUUUGUGGGUGUUAAACUAUGAUAAUCAACUUAAAUUAAUGAUUUUUGUUACUUUUUGUGGGCUUAAAUUGAAAAAUAUGAAAAAUAUUCAAAGAACAGUUUUACCCAAGUUUUAUCUCGAGGAGAUAAAUUACCAUGUUUAUCAAGUAUUAAGUAGGUCAAAAUCUAGGGUUGUGAUUAGCCGUGCACCGACGGUGAUGAUGGAAGGGUUUCUUAAAGAGUAUUUGAAGGUUGAUAAAGUAUUGGGGACUGAGUUACAUAGUUAUGAAGAUUAUUAUACUGGCUUAUUAUCUUCUUAUGGGUUGUUUGUUAAGGAUAGGGAUUUUAAAGAAUAUUUUACAUUUGAAAGGGCUGAUGUUGGUAUUGGAAAUUCAAUGUUUGUUGAUCACUUAUUCAUGUCUCUCUGCAAGGAGAUAUAUGUGGUAGAUCUGCAACAAGAUGACAAAACCUGCAACACAACUGGGCCCACAACAACAAAAAUCAUGCCAAGGGACAAAUAUCCAAAACCGUUAAUAUUCCAUGAUGGCAGAUUAGCCUUUCUUCCUACUCCCUCAGCAACCCUAAUCAUGUUCAUGUGGCUUCCUUUAGGCAUACUUCUUGCUAUUUUUAGGCUCUUUGUAGGCAUUUACUGUCCAUUUAAGCUCUCCCUUAUGUUAGGUCAAUUUAGUGGCAUCAGACUAAGAUUAUUAAAAGAUGAAAAUGAUAAUAACCACGAAAAAUUCCCUAAAAAAAAAGGAGUCCUAUACGUCUGCACGCAUAGGACUCUUUUAGACCCAGUAAUGUUAGGGGCGGUUCUUCAAAAACCUCUAACUGCGGUCACAUACAGUCUAAGCAAGACAUCCGAAAUAAUCGCGCCAAUCAAGACAGUUCGACUGACAAGGGACCGGAAAACCGAUGGAGAAACAAUGCAAGAGCUACUAUCAGAAGGAGACCUAGUGGUAUGCCCUGAAGGGACUACAUGUAGGGAACCAUAUUUACUAAGAUUUAGCUCAUUAUUUGCAGAGUUAGCGGAUGAAAUAGUGCCAGUUGCAUUGGACACAAAAGUGAGCAUGUUUUAUGGUACAACAGCAAGUGGGUUAAAAUGUUUGGAUCCAAUAUUUUUCUUGAUGAAUCCAAGGCCUAUUUACUACAUUCAUGUGCUGGGAAAAUUGGCUAAGGAGAUGAGCUGUGGUGGUGGGAAAUCAGGGUUUGAAGUGGCUAAUUAUUUGCAAAGACAACUGGCCAAUGUGUUGGGUUUUGAGUGCACUGCACUUACUCGCAAAGAUAAGUACUUAAUGCUUGCAGGAAACGAAGGAAAGGUCGGUCCAUGAUUUUAUAUAUCAUGGAUUUAUAACUAUACUAAUUUAAUUUUAUGUUUUAUUUUGCAAAAAAAAAAAAAGAAAUUGAUAGAAAUUAAUUAGUUAAUUUUCAUGCUAUCUAGAAUGAAUAGUGGGAGAUAUAAAAUUAGUAGGAGUAAUAUUAGCUUUAUUAUAUAUAGAAGUAUAUCUAUAUAUUCGUCUUAUUAUUUUAUUUUUUGGUAAUAUUUACUGUGUUUGAAUGGAUGGAAGAGACAUUAUGAAGUACAUUAAUAUUCUAGUUGGAAAAGAU